GCGAAAGGUUCCGCCAGGUAUGUUUCCGCCGGACCCGUAUGAGUGUGGGACGCGUUCAAGAUGUCAGUGGAGCAGGAGAGCACGACUCUAAAUGUGACUGAGAAUGACGAUAAAUCAAUCUUGAUCAAAGGUUGUACAUAACCCAGAAACUAGGGCUGGGAAUUGGCAAGGACCUCACGGUACGAUACGUAUCACGGUACAUGGCCCAUGAUGCAAUGCAUUAUGAUCCGAUAUACGCUAACUGGCUAUAUAUGACAGACAACUGGACAGGGACAACUACAGCAGCGGCGGAGGAGGUCGUUUGACAGAGCGAUUUAAUGGGGUUUAAAAAUAUCGACAGCAGAGUUCGAAAUAUCGAUACAAUAUCGCGGAAAAUGUAUCACGGAGGCGUUUUUCUCUCUACUGUGGGCACAGCAGGAAUGAUUGCAGGGUUUGGCUCCACCCUUGCCAUGGCUAAGAAGAAGAGUCCCGAUUGGUUCAAUAAGGGUAUCGUGGGAAGUGCUGCGGUGCCAGAAAGCGGUGCAUCAUUAGCGUUGCGAGCGCUGGGUUGGGGUUCGCUCUACGCGUGGUGUGGUGUUGGACUCCUCAGCUUUACCGUAUGGAAGGCCUUGGGCGUCCACAGUCUGAAGGAGUUUCGCCAAAAAAUGCAAAGCAUUUUUCCUGCCGUCCCCAGAAACGAGGCUGAAGAGAAUUCUGCUCCAUUUGACUGGAAUUCAAUCUUCAAAUCAAAAUGAAUAGAAAUUAUAUUUGGACAUGAUUUUUAUCGGAUGGUCGGUCCUUGUCAAGCGAGUGCCCACCUGUCAGUGUGAUUAUUGGGGCACUAAACUGGAUUAAAUGUCCAGUGUGAGGUCUUUGAAGGCCUGCAGGACUCAAUGGGAUUGUGUUUGCCCUCAUUUGCCACAAAGGACUUCACAAGACCCGAGCCAAGCUCUUCCUUCACUUGCCAAACUGCGGUAUUAUCAUUUAUACAUACAUUAAUUUCUCAGAUAUUAGUCCGAUCUCAAAUUGGCCACAUCAAGUUCUUGACAGCAUGGUUAUGCGCAGCUCAGUAUAGAGAGAGAUGGCUUUAAAAGGUACCCUGGUAAUCAACACAUGUAUGAUUCAAUAGAUUAACACUGGGAUUGGCAAUAUGAAUGUGAAAAUAAAAACAGUACAAAUGUCA